UCGCCAGGACGCGUCCGGUUCCUCCCGGCGUGCUCCGCGGCUCUCGGCUCACACCGGCCCCUGGGCUGGUGGAAGGGGCCGCUAUGGCGGCCGGCGCCGGGGCAGCUCGGCUGCUUCUGCUCUUGCUGAUGGCGGUAGCGGCGCCUAGUCGGGCCCGAGGCAGCGGCUGCCGGGCCGGGGCCACUGCGCGGGGGGCUGGAGUAGAAGGCCGAGAGGGCGAGGGCUGUGGCCCGGUGGGACUGCUGCUGGAGCACUCGUUUGAGAUCGAUGACAGUGCCAACUUCCGGAAGCGGGGCUCACUGCUCUGGAACCAGCAGGAUGGCACCUUGUCCUUGUCGCAGCGGCAGCUCAGUGAGGAGGAGAGGGGCCGACUCCGGGAUGUGGCAGCCCUGAAUGGCCUGUACCGUGUCCGGGUUCCGAGGCGGCCUGGGGCCCUUGAUGGCCCAGAAGCUGGUGGCUAUGUCUCUUCCUUUGUCCCCGCGUGCUCCCUGGUGGAGUCGCACCUCUCGGACCAGCUGACCCUGCACGUGGACGUGGCCGGCAACGUGGUGGGCGUGUCGGUGGUGACGCACCCCGGGGGCUGCCGGGGCCACGAGGUGGAGGACGUGGACCUGGAGCUGUUCAAUACCUCGGUGCACCUGCAGCCGCCGGUCACGGCCCCGGGCCCAGAGACGGCGGCCUUCAUCGAGCGCCUAGAGAUGGAGCAGGCCCAGAAGGCCAAGAACCCCCAGGAGCAGAAGUCCUUUUUCGCCAAAUACUGGCACCUCAUCCUGGGGGGGGCCGUGUUGCUCACAGCCCUGCGUCCUGCUGCCCCAGGGCCCGCGCCGCCGCCGCAGGAGGCCUGAUGGAUGUACAUCAUUCCUGUCGUCCUGUUCCUCAUGAUGUCAGGAGCGCCGGACGCCGGGGGCCAGGGCGGGGGUGCGGGUGGAGGUGGCAGUGGGGGCAGUGGCCGGUGAGGGGCUGGGGCUGGUCAGUGCCCAUCCUCUGUUGCCCAGAGCCUUCUUCCCUGCUAGAGUCUCCCAUGUCCUUGGCCAUCCCAAGAAGGAUUUGCCAGCCCCUCCUGUGUGCCCGUCCCGCGAGGGGAGGACAGCCCCACCAGGAGACAGCAUGCCGCCUGCACGAGCCCCUUGCCCUCUCUGGGCCUCUGUGUUCCUAUUGGCAGAGCAGUGGCUGGAUUCUGGGCCCUUGGGCAGGGGCACCCGUAUCUGCUGCAGCCCUGCCUCCCCCAUGUCCCCGCUGUGGCCCCAGAGGCUUCCCUUUGCCCUCAGGAUAGCGUCCCACCUCCUGGGCCACUGGCGGCUCCAGCCUCUCCAACUUCGUGUCCCGCCCCCGCCCAAGCCCGUGCAGUCUGGGAACAUGCCGAGUUCUCUCCAGCCUCCGUGCCUUCGUUCCGGGUGGUCUCACCCUCCUGCCCCUGGCCACAUAGAUGGCCCUGUCCAGGCUCCCGGGGCGCCCCCUCGCUUGUCUGACACUGGACUGGGCCACAGCUCUCCGCUGUGUCGCUCGAGGGCACCAGGGGCCCUGGCUCGACUCCUCCCCCCGCCCCUCCCGGUGCAGAUAGAGUCCCGCCCUCAGGACGCCAGGCCCGGUGGCCUCUGGGCUGGAAGGAAAAUGUUUAAGGUAAAAAACAAGCAAAGCAAAACCGACAUGCAGUGAAGUCAAGGGCCACAUGCUGCACAAGAACCUGUCUCGGCUGUCCCCUUCCCGCUGUCCCCUUCUCCAGCCGUCCACUCUCAGUGGGGCCUGAGCGCAGCCUCUGCGAUUCAUCGCCCUCCCUUUUAGGUGUAUUUUAAAACAUUGACAACAUAUUGAAAUAAGUGAACGUUUUGAAAAGUUACAGCUUUCGACAGCCAAAUGCAACUGUAGUUUUGGCUCGAGACGGCCGUGAUGUGCAGCCUUUACUGAAAUCCACUGUUCAUUUCAUACGUUCCUAAGAAACAAGAAAAUGGCUGUCCUUGUCGUCGUCCUCACUAUGUAACGCUCAGCUGUGUCGUGUGGCAGUUUAUUAUUAAACUGUUCCCCAAAUGUG